AUGGGCAAGUUCAUGAAACCCGGGAAGGUGGUGCUGGUCCUGGCCGGACACUGCUCCGGACGCAAAGUGGUCAUUGUGAAGAAUAUUGAUGAAGAAUAUUGAUGAUGAUCAGACCAUCCCUACAACCAUGCUCUGGUGGCUGGAAUUGACUGCUGUCCCCACAAAGUGACAGCUGCCAUGGGCAAGAAGAAAAUCACCAAGAGGUUGAAGAUCAAGUCUUUUUUGAAAAUUUAUAACUAUAAUCACCACAUGCCCACAAGGUACUCUGUGGAUAUCCCCUUGGACAAAACUGUCAUCAACAAGGAUGUCUUUAGAGACCUUGCCCUUAAAUGCAAGGCCCGACGAGAGGCCAAGGUCAAGUUCGAGGAGAGGUACAAGACCGGCAAGAGCAAGUGGUUCUUCCAGAAGCUGCGGUUUUAGAUCUGUUUUGUUUCAGUCAUUAAAAAUUCAAAAAAAAAAAAAAAA